UUUUACCUUUGUGAUUGGCUCCACACCAACCCAGGCCCCUUAUGUUGCAUCACCAGUUGACAAUAAGGCUAUAAAAAUGUGAACCCUGAUCAUGCAGAUGUAAUUCCUCCUGAACUUCUGAAAGAUGAAGACCAAAAUCACUAAGAAGACAAUUUUGAAGUUUUCUGGAAUACUGCUGUUAAUCCUUGUGCUUCCAGUUUUAAUUUUAUUUGCUGUUGUGAUUGGUAGGGCGUUUACAUUUAAAGUGAACACCGAACUUGGACAAUGGGAAAAUGCAACAACAAUUUAUCCCAGUUUAAAUCCAGAACAGAAAAAGCAGCUGCUGGAAAAUUUCAAGGUGGCAGUUCAGAUUCCCACAGUGUCAUUUUCAGAGUCAGACCAGAACACAACUGCCCUGCAAGAGUUUGACCUACUACUGAGGAGAGUCUUCCCAAAGGUCUUCUCAUCCAGUGUGGUCCAGCAUGAGAUGGUGGGAAGCUACAGCCACCUGUUGACUGUAUCGGGAAGCGAGGCUGAUCUGGAGCCCUACAUGCUGCUGGCACACAUUGAUGUAGUGCCGGCCGAUGAGGCAGAUGGGUGGGAUGCUCCUCCUUUCUCUGCUCAAGAGAUCAAUGGCUUCAUUUAUGGACGAGGAACCAUCGACAAUAAACAGUCUGUGAUGGGGAUCCUUCAGGCGUUGGAAUACCUGCUGGAACGAGGUUACACUCCUCGGAGAAGCUUCUACAUUGGCUUGGGUCACGAUGAGGAGAUCAGUGGCCCACAAGGUGCUGUGAAUAUCGUGAAGCUCCUGAAGAGUCGUGGGGUGAAGCUUCUGUAUGUUUUAGAUGAAGGUCUCACGAUCAUGGAUGGUGUGGUAGAUGGCCUGAUCGGACCUGGCGCCCUAAUUGGUGUGAGUGAGAAAGGUCAGGCCACAGUGAAGCUGAGUGUCAGCAGCGCUCCAGGACAUUCAUCCAUGCCUCCCAGAGAAAGCAGCAUCGGCAUCUUGGCUUCAGCAGUUGCAAGGUUGGAGAAGAACCGGAUGCCCAAUCUUUUUGGUCAUGGUCCAGAGCGUGCCACAUUUGAGCAUCUGGCACAUAAGUUUGGCUGGCCAUACAGAAUGGUCAUGUCUAAUCUGUGGCUCUUCUCUUCACUGCUCAGCAGUGUUUUGGAAGAACAGCCAGACACAAAUGCAUUUGUGAGGACAACAACUGCUGUCACAAUGUUUAACUCUGGUGUUAAGAUCAAUGUAAUGCCAGCAUAUGCAGAGGCCUUUGUCAAUUUCCGCAUUCACUCUUCCCAGACACUACAAGAGGUUCUAAAGCUGAUUGAAUCCACUAUAUCAGAUGAGCGAGUGAAGGUAGAGUUUGUCAGUGGAUUCGACCCGCUGCCCAUUAGCUCCUAUGAUGAGGAUACAUUCGGCUACCAGAUCAUAAAGAAAACAGUGCAUGACAUUUUUCCUGAAGUCACUGUAUCUCCUGGUGUCUGCGUGGGGAACACUGACAGCCGUCACUACACAGAACUGUCUCCGGACAUUUAUCGUUUUGCCCCAUCAUGGUACAAACCUGGAGAUUCUGCAAGAUUUCAUGGUGUGAAUGAGAGAAUCUCCAUCCAGAACUAUGAAGAGAUUGUGCAGUUCUACUUUCAGCUCAUGCAGAACAGUGACAUCAGGAACUUGCCAGGACCUCGCACCUAAACCUAAAUGUUUCCUAAACAGCAAAUAAGCAUAUACAGUACGAAUGAUUUCUGAAGGAUCAUGUGACACUGAAGGCUGUAAAUUAAUUACUAAUAUUUUACUAUAUUGCUUUUUUUACUGUAUUUUUGAUAAAAUAAAUGCAUCUAACUUUGGAAAAUUCUUGUAAAUAUAUUUUCUUAAUUUGCUUGUGGAAUUACAUAAUGGAUAAUAAUAAAAACGUGUGUGUUUUUUUUUUUUUUUUCUUUAGUUAGUUUUCCCAGGGUGAGUCAACUUUCUGCUACAUUAAAAUACAAAUCACAAGGUUACUCAUGCCAUACCAAUGGAAAUGUUAUUAAGAUAUGACAAGUAACAUUUCCUUCCUUCAUGCUAAACCACAGUGCUUGCACUUAUUAUUUUAAAGCUGUUUUAGUUUUUAAAGUUCAAAAGGGUAACCUAUGCAUCUUCUGUCUUUGCAAAAUACUCCUUGCUAUAUUGCAAUUAUCAGAUUUUCUUGUUAUUGAAAAAAAAAUAUCUGAAAUGCUGUUUACCGGUUAUUUUGUUAGUGCAGAGUAACUGGAGGCUAUAGGUCUGAGGCCAGUCGCUGCACAUGCAGAGAUUCUCUGUGAGUGGAGGACAUCAGCCGGUUUAUUGUUUGUCUGCACAGAUCACUGCUCUUCUUCACUGACUAGACAAUCUUAGGUCGCAGGUUAUUGCAUCUUUAUGUAAUAUUUAUUCUGUAUGUCAAAGUUUAUAUUCUUGACUUUGCUCUAUCAAGCUGUCAAUGAUUAAUAAUUCUAACAUUACAUAAAAUGGACCAGUAUGUAAAUGUUUAUGGAUCUGUCUGAGAGGAUAGUUGCCCUAUAAAACUAUCCUGUAAAGUCAUCAAGUUACAAAGAGCAGAUAAAGACUUCUUCAAAAUGA